AGCAGCUUGGCGUCAAUAGCCGUAUACGGAACAACUGGUUUGGUGCUGGUGCAUGUCAAAAAGAAAUUGCACAUGUACCAGGCGAUGGGGGGAGGAUGCGAAUCCAGAUGCAACCUGGCCCCACUGCCAGCAUUUGCGGGCCAGGAAUGACGGCACGGUGCGCGGCAGGGCGGCACGUGACAUGCGCGAUUGGUCGAGGUGGGGAUCUAAGCUGGAGGUGGCGGUUUUGGCACAGGCAGGCUGGAGCAGCCAGGGCUACACCUCCCACGUAGCCUAUAAGGUUAGGCACAGGGCAGGGGCGCACUGGCGAACACUAACCCAGGCGAA